UGUCUUUCUCAAAUUUCUGAUUGACCAACAAAAAAAACACUCAAAAACAUGUUGUUUUCCCCAAAUGAAAAAACUAAUAUGCAGGUAUCAUUGUUCUUCUUUCUCAUCAUACAUAGCUUCUAGAGUUUUAUAAGAGCUUCUCUUUGCAACACUAAAAAGCUUCCGAAAUCACAAGGCUUCUCGUUUUCUUUCUCGUCGGUCCAAAUCAAAGUCUCCUAAGAGCGUCUCUUUGAUGAUUUUGUUCAUAACUUUCUCGUCGGCUUCUCCAAACGAUUCCAUAUAUGCAGGAAACAGAUAGAUUCCUUCUAAAAGAAGUGACUCAAAAGGAAGCUCGAGAGGUAAAAGAAGAAGAAUGAAUUAGAGUGGAAGAUGAGGAAUAAAAGGUGAAACAAAGCCAGGGGCAUAUGGAAGAUGAGUGCACAAUUAAAAGGAGGGAUGAAGAAAUCAGGAAAAGGAAGGAACGGGAAAAUGGAAGAAGAUCCAACGAGGAUCAGGAAUAGGGGGACCAGUCAAUGAAUCAAGUACAAGACAAAGGUAACUCUGAGUUCAUUGCAAGAACUCAGAAUCAACAAAACACAAGUCAGAAAGAAGAGCUCAAACAGGGUGCUAUACACAGUUACUCAAAGAAUCAUCAGGUAAAACAAAAACAAAUAAGCAAUAUUCCUAAUUCAAAAGACCAAGAUCACCAAGAGGAAAUUCCAGAGGAACAGUGGCAUACACAGAAAAAGAGGCAACAAAAAAAUCAAGAUUAAACCACCUCCAAGGCAGUUUUGAAACCUGUCUCACCUCCAAAGCAAAGAAGUAGUAAGAGCCACCAAUAGGAGCAGGAUACAACAGGUAUAACUAAAUUUCAGACUCAUAGUAUUUUUUCUAGCCAUGAAAUGCAAGAACAACAAGAGGGAAACCAAACAGGAGAAGGAAACACCAGGCAGGCUGCUUAUCAGGUAGACCAACCAAAAAAUGGGACUGCUAAGGACCCAGCUAUAAGAAAAAACCUCACCACUCAUAACAUACAAAACCAAUAAGCUGAUACAGCCAACAAAAAUAAAUGCAUAGGAAUUGACUCAAUGCUCCCAAGUCCCAAUUCCCCCAAUUUUAUUAAUGUUGAUGAUGGUUUUAUUGAAGAAGUUGUUGGAGGCAUGGAUGGGGGGUGUCAGGAGAAAACCUCUAACAUGCAGGAUGGUGUUACUAAAUGGGGAGUUUGACUCAUGUUCUGCAUGAGGGGUUGGUUGACCUUAGGUCUGACUUUAGAGCCUUUGAAAUUUCUAAGAACAGCAAGCAACAAGGAGAGAAACAGCAGGUCCAACAACAUUCUACAUAUAAUAAAGAAAAACAGCAAAUUGAAAAAGAGGAAAAGAAAGAAAAAGGGGAACAUGAUGCUUCUUGUACUCCGGAAAGUACUCCAAGAGCAAAAACAAGCCCAGCAAAUAGAAAAGGGAUGCUGCUAAAAGGAGACAGAAUAAGCUUCAGACCAAUGACAAUGAUCAAGAACAACAAAAGAGGGAGGAAUCAUGCAACAAAGUUGUUAUGGUUGAUGAUAAUCUUCAGGCUCAACAUAUGACUCCUCCUCCUUCUGAACCACCAGAUAAGAGACAACAAAUAUCUAAGAUGAACACAGUGCCUAAUUUUGAUGAAUAUGUUGUGGAUAAUUCUGAGGAUGAAAUAGAUGGGGAUAAUCACUCCUUAGAAGAGGGUUAUGAGGAUGAUGAGACUAUUGAGGCCCUUAUUAACGUCUUUACUCCUCAUAAUGAUCAGACCUUAGAGUAAGAGAUCACACAUGUGGCACAAAAUCAAUGUUUAUCUCCAAGGGGUUUCCAUCAAGACAAAUUUCACUUCAAGAAGCAAGAUGUCAAUACAGUCACAGCUGGCAGACCUAAUACUAGGCUCUUUUCCUCUAGAUCUUCCAAAUGAUUAGUACAAUUGUAUGGAAUGUGAGAGGGCUCAACACUCAAGGGGGGUUGGAGAGACUCAAAAUGCUCAGAAAGCUUCACCAAUUAUCUGUUAUCACUAUUUUGGAACCUUUUUAUGAUAUUGUCCAUGUUCAAAGCUUUAAGGUCCAUUUAAAUAUGGAUAAUGCUACGAGUAAUUGUAAUGGUAAAAUUUGGGUUCUUUGGAGCAAUGAUAUUGAUUGUAAUAUUCUUGAUGAAGAUGAAGAGAAAAUCACUUGCAACAUGAAACACAAUGAAUUACAAUAUCAAUUACUAGUACCUUUGUCUAUGCUAAAUACAAAUAUCACCUCAUGAGACCUCUUUGGGACAAAAUGAUUCAGCAAGCCUCUUUGAAUGAGAACCCUUGGUUGUACUGUUGGACAUUUUAAUGUCAUAACUUCUGUGGAGGAAAAACAUUGAGGGGUGCCUUACAACAUGAGGAAGAGUAUGGACUUUAUUACUGUCAUUGAAGACUGUGGCAUUUUGGACAUUGGUUUUAGUGGUCAUUAAUUCACAUGGUCUAACAAGAGGGGUAUAAAUCACAGAAAUUGGAAGAGGCUUGAAAGGGCUAUGGUAAAUGAUUUUUGGUUGGAAAAGAUGCCUCAAACCACUAUAACUCACUUGUCAUCUACUGGAUCUGAUCAUUGUCCUUUAUUCAUGAAAAUGGUUUCCACAACAAUUGAUCACACCAAGUACUUCAGAUUUCUCAACUGUUGGGUGGAUAAUCCUCAUUUAAUGGAAACUGUUGAAACCUGUUGGGAGAAGGAAGUAGUAGGUACUGGCAUGUUGAAAUUUCAAAAAAAAAUGAUAAGGCUAUCAAAUACUCUUAGUGUUUUGUCUAAGAGAGAAUUUGGUGAUAUUUUCCAAAUGCUUAGGAUGUAUGAGGAACAAGUGCAUAAAGCUGAAGAAAACUACAUCAAUAACCAAAGUGACUCAAAUACAAGCAUCCUUCAUGUAAUUAAUGCAAAGUACAUCAAAUUUCUCAAGCUGGAAGAUACUAUUUUGAAACAAAAAACCCAACUCCAAUGGUUUAAAGAAGGUGAUACUAAUUAUAAAUACUUCCAUUUAGUAAUAAGAGGAAGAAGAAGGAAGUUUUUUAUUCACAAAGUUUCCAAUGAAAAUGGAGAUUGGAUACAAGGCGACGACAACAUUGCUCAGGUAGCUUGUGAACACUUCAAAGGAAUAUUUACUGGUGAAGAAAAGCUUAUCAAUGAGCACACCUUGGAAUGCAUUCCAAGGGUGAUUAAUCAAGACCAAAAUGCUCAGCUUACCAUUGAGCCUAGCAUGGAUGAACCUAAAGAGGUUGUAUUGUCUAUGAAUCCAAAUUCUGCAGCUAGUCCUGAUGGUAUGAAUGGGUACUUCUUUCAAAAAUGUUUGCAUAUUAUCAAGAAUGAUCUAAUGGGGGUGGUUCAGGCCUUUUUCAGUGGACAAAUGAUUCCUAAGUACUUCUCCCAUUCUUGUAUUGUGCUGCUCCCUAAAGUGAACAAUCCAAACAAGCUCACUGAGUAUAGGCCUAUAAGUCUGAGUAACUUCACUAACAAAAUCAUUUUUAAGCUAAUGAGCAACAUACUUAGGCCUAUCCUCCCUGACUUAAUCUCUACUAAUGAAUCCGGGAUUGUUAAAGGUAGAAGUGUUUCUGAUAACGUCAUGCUUGCUCAGGAAAUCAUUCACUAAAUUAAAAAACGCAAUAUUGGUAGCAAUGUCAUCAUUAAACUUGACAUUGGAAAACGCUUAUGACAUUGUCUCUUGGUCAUAUAUUUGCCUUGUGCUGAGGAAAAUGGGAUUUGCUGAGGUUUUUAUUGUUAUGGUGUGGAGAAUAAUGGCUAAUAAUUGGUACUCAAUCAUUGUCAAUGGUAAGCGAUAUGGUUUCUUUCACUCCCCUAGAGGUCUCAAGCAAGGUGAUCCACUUUCUCCAUCCCUAUUUAUUUUAGGUGCUGAGGUACUAUCAAGAUCUCUAAAUAGGCUUCACAACCAUCUGGAUUAUCAUGGUUUCUUCAUGGAAAGGAGAGGGCGUCAGGUGAAUCAUCUGAGUUUUGUUGAUGACAUAAUUCUAUUCACAUCUGGAAGAUGCCAGACUCUAAAACUCCUAAUGGCAACUUUAAUGGAGUAUGAAGAUACUUCUGGGCAACUCAUCUAUGGAGACAAAAGCCACUUUACGCUACACUCUAAUGCUUUCAAUAGCACUAGAGAUAGAAUAAAGAGGCUGACAGGUUUCAAAAAAAAGCAAGGCACUAUUAAUUACCUAGGUUGCCCUUUAUUUUUUGGUAGGCCUAGAAAUAUCUAUUUCUCUGAUCUUGUUAACAAGGUUGUUUGCAGGAUUACAGGUUGACAAACCAAACAAUUAAGGUAUGGAGGCAAGGCAAUUCUUACCAAACAUGUUCUUCAUGAUCUUCCUAUCCACCUUCUAUCUGCAGUAACACCUCCAAUUACAAUACUCAGGCAAAUCCAAGGGCUUAUAGCUGACUUUUUUUGGGGAUGGAAAAAUGAUAGAAAGAAGUAUCACUGGGCUUCAUGGAAAAAUCUAAGUUACCCUUAUGAUAAAGGGGGUGGGGGUGGGAAUGAGAAACUUGCAAGAUAUUUGAAAAUCUUUUCAAUUCAAACAGUGGUGGAUCUUCAAAACAAAACAAAAACUGUGGGGAGAAUUUUUGAGAGAAAAAUAUUGUCAAAGAUCAAACCAAGUAAGCAAAAAAGGGGAUAACGGAGAUUCACUAACCUGGAAACAGAUGCUUAUGAACAUACAGCAUGUUGAGCAACACAUCCAUUGGAAGCUUCAAGCUGGGAAUUGUUCAUUUUUGUGGAAUAACUGGUUGGGCAGUGGACCACUGGCUGAGUUUACCACUAAUAGCAAUGGAUUUAAUAAUUCUACUGUGGCUGAAUAUUGGGAAGAGGGGAGCUGGAGUUGGAGAAAACUGUUACAGCAUGCUCCAGCCAGUCAAUUCUCUAACCUUCUGGCAGCAGAGAUCUCUCCACAGCAACAGCUACCUGAUCAACCAGUGUGGAAGCUCAAUAACCACGACAGUUUUAGCUGUUCUUCAUCUUUGAAAGAAAUCAGAAACAAAAGAGCCAAGAAUCAAUUUAACUCGAUGCUAUGUCAUAAAAACAUUCCCUUUAAAUAUUGUUUUCUUUUAUGGAGAACCCUAAGGGGUAAACUCCCUACAAAUGAAAGAUUGACUAACUUUGGCAUUGAGCCAUCACAUUGUUUCUGUUGUCUUGGUAGAGAAGGUAUGGACAGCAUAGAACAUACAUUCAAUUCAAGGCAUAUGCAGCCAAGGUAUGGAGCUUUUUUUGCAGGUAGUGCAGGCCUACAGCCAGACCACUCUUCACUGCAGCAGCUGCUACAACAAUGGUGGACAGCCAAGCCGAGAAAUCCAGCCCACAAACUGCUGCUACAAGCUACGCCAAUAUUCAUCUGCUGGAAUCUGUGGAAGAACAGGUGUGCCUGCAAGUAUGUCGGUAAAGCAAUAAACAUCAGGAGAGUUAAAUAUGCAAUCUACAAGGACAACUACAAGAUGUUGAACACUGCAUUUCCUCAAGUUAACUGACCGGCCAAGUGGACAAUUUAAUGCAAAAGAGUGAAAAGUGUGUGCAUGACAUCAAAGUGAGCAUGGUGAAGUGGCUUAAACUUGUAGACCAGUGGCUCAAAGUGAACAGUGAUGGCAGUGCACUCAUGAACCCUGGCAGGAUGGGGGCUGGUGGAAUCCUGAGAGACAAACAAGGCAAAGUGGUGAUGGCUUUCGCAACACCACUUGGAGAAGGAACAAACAACAAAGCUGAAAUAGAGGAAACCAUCAUUGGUUUAACUUGAGCACUUGAGCUUGCAUACAGGAACAUAAUUUUGGAACUUGAUUCUCAACCAGUAGUGCAAUGGGUCCUAAAGAAGGCAGUCUCUCAAUGGAGCAUCAUCACUCAACUUGGAAGGCUGCAACAUCUUAUCAAUCAAGUAUACAACUUCAAAUGCAUCCAUGUAUUCAGAGAAGCUAAUUGCAUAGCGGAUGGAUUCUCAAAACAUAGUCACAGCAUUGCCACUCCCCAGGUAUAUUUCAACAGCCACCAACUACCGAAAGAAGCAAAGGCCUACUAUCAACUCGACUUAUUGGAGAUGCCUAACGUUAGAAGAAGGAAGACAAAGAGAAUUUUUGAACUUCCUUGAGGUUGUAUACAUUUUCAACUUAGCUAUAAUUAAUUAUAGCUACUUUGAAUAGGUUAAUUUAGUUUAUAGGAUUUCUUGUAAAGGGAGAGUCUCCCUAGAUUAUGCUUCCUAGAUACUUUGUAUUGAGUGGAGUUCUCUCCUUAGGUGCUUAGUAUUUCAGUUUCAUCUUUUGUGUAAGGGGAGGAGUUGACUUCCUUUUGGAAAGUUGACUCUAAACCUUCUUAGGUGGGAGGUUAGGUUUAUGUCCCCCUCCUUGUAUUUUUUUUGUUAGUAAUGAUAAGGCCUGGGGGUGUUGCUCAGCUCCUACCCCUCCAAGGGUAAUUCAACCAAAAAAAA